UGUGCUGCAUUCGCACAAACAUUCGUGGAUACUUGGAAGCAAUGGCCUCGGCGAAGGAGACCUCGACGCCAGGUGCAGGCAGUGCCCUGACCAGAGCUGAGGACACAUCGACCAAGAGUGCUCAACAGUGGCUGGAUAGUUGUCAGGAGGAAGACUGUCCGAACUUGCAGGAGUUGGCAAAGCGCCUGAAGGAGACAUAUGGCAUCGGAGCGAACCCUGCGGACCUUUUAAAGCGGCCGUUUCAACCUUGGACUCCUGAGGCCUUGCUGGAUGUGAACGAGUUCAAGAGCAAGUUGUAUCGCCUCGGAGUUUUUAGUGAUCUUUACGGCAGCUUCAACUUUGCAGGGCUGUUCAAAGAGAUGGCCGGGCACACUGAUAGAGCCAGUCUUGAAGACGUAAUCAACGGCCUCCAGCCCUUCUUCGAGGAUGACGUUGCGACUCCGAGUACACCGGAGUUUGGUCGUUUGGAGAUCGUGCAGGCAGACCAGCAAGCGCUUCCAAUGAAAACGCAAAUCAGAAACAAUCUAGACGAGCUGCGAGCCACCAGCAGCUCGCUGACACUGGGGCUGCAGCAGGCCCUGGGUGCAGCAGACAACUUGCAGCAGAAGAUCCAGGAGACUGAACAGCUGCAAGAGCAGCACCGAAGGCAACUGGAAGCUGCCGAGCACGAGUUUGUCGAUGAGAGAAUGCAGUACCAGCAACGGCUGGGGGAGAUGGAAGCGCAGCUUGCGCAUCAGGAGCAAAAGUUCUUGGCGAGUUUGGCCAUUGCCUACCUUGAAAACUACAAGGAGCGCGCAGAACUUGAAGCCGCCAAGGAACGCCACGCUCGUGAACUCCAUGAGGAAUCCUUGCGCACACAGAUGGCGCAUGAGGAGGCUGCACAGCUUCGUCGGGAGAUUGCAGAGGUGCAGUCUGCCCUUGAAGCUGCUGACCGCAGCCGGGAAGCGGCGGAAGGAGAGCUGCAGAGUGAGCGUUGGCGAAGAAGAGCUUGGAAGGGGCAGGCUUCAAGCCUGCUGGCAUUGCUGCAAGCCAAAAUGUCGGGCAAACCUAUCAAAAUCGCCGAAGGGGGUCACUUUGAGCUGGUUUAAGGUCCCAGCACGAAGCUGCCGCCGCCAUCGCAGCCGCCGCCGUAGGCAAGAUGAAAAACGACCCAGUGAGACCCGGUGCCGAAGAAUGGCACCUUCCAAAUGCAUAGGGGUGUGUUGGAAGGUUCC